AUCCCAACCCAACCAUUAGAAAGAAAGAAGAGACCAUUUAACUUUCAAGAAAUCAUUAUACAGAAAUCCAAAAAUUAAAAGUACUAAAAGAAAGAAAAGAAGUCAGAUUUCAAGUUUCCUGUCAACAAUGGGUGAGGAAAAAGAGAUGAAAAUUCCGGUGUUUACAGUGGUAAAGAAUGGAGCAAUUCUUAAGAACAUUUUUGUCAUCAACAAAUCACGAUAUAUGGAAGAUGGUGAAGAAUCAGAAACCCCCGAGGAAGUUUUGAUAGUGGGAAGACACCCAGAUUGCAACAUCAUGCUAACUCAUCCAAGUAUUAGCAGAUUUCACCUCCAAAUUCACUCCAGACCCACUUCCCUCAAACUCUCUGUCCUCGACCUUUCUUCUGUUCACGGGACCUGGGUUUCAGGGAAGAAGAUUGACCCAGGACUUGCGGUCGAACUGAAUGAAGGUGAUACCAUAAAACUUGGUGGCUCGACUAGGGUUUAUAAACUGCAUUGGAUUCCUAUGAGUCGUGCUUAUGAUAUGGAAAACCCCUACGUAUCUGCAAUGGACGUGCCCAUGGAAGAAGAGAAAGAGGAGGUGGCGGUGAAUACGUUAUCACCCAAAAGUGAAGGUGCUGAGGAGAAAGAUUCAUUGCCGGUGGAAAACAAAGAAGAAGAAACAUCUCAGAGUUCAGUGCCAGGUGAAGAGGAAGAGCUUCUCUCAAUGGAUUGCAUUUUGGAGGGUUUAGCUUUUUUAUUUGGUGAUGGAAGUUCAGGAGUGCUUGUGAAGAAAGAGAUUCCAUCAGCACCCCCGAUGCCUGAAAAUUUGAAUUCUUCGAUCUACGAUGACGAUGAUGACGAUGACGAUGAUGAUGAUGUUGAGAAGACGAGGGGGGAAAUUUCUGAGCUUUCAGGGGAAUUGAGUUUGGAUGUUGAGUCCCAAUAUCAGAAGUUGGGAGAAAAUAGCAAGACAAUCUUUCCAGAGGCUGUCACAAAAGCAAUCUCUGUCUCUGAAGGAGAGAAUUCAGAGAGAUACUCAGACACUGAGAACAUGCAUCCUUCAGUUGUAAAAGAAGUUGAAAACAGAAGAUCGAUACAAGAAAGCCAACUUCACCUGAUAGAACCAACUUUGGAUGAGGAGGAUAUAUUGUUGAUUAAUGUAAUGGACUGUGAUGAAGAAAGCCAGAUUCCCAAGCCGCUUUCUGCUUUGAAACCAACGGAGGAAAGGAACCUGAAUGGAAAGUUUGAGGAACCUGAAGACUAUGAGAGCGAAAAUAAAAGUUUUUGUUCUGCUUCUCUCUUGAAGGAAGUAGUCAACUCACCUUUGCCUACUGCUCCUGCACUGCUGUCGUCUGAAUAUGAAAAUUUAGACAGCUCUCCCCUGAGGUUAGAAACGAAAUCCAACUUGCAAAGUAUUUGGUCCAGAAGAGGUAAACCUGCUUCUGUUCUUCAGAUUCAAACUGGGAGGAGCGCUGGAAAAGCUGGUGCUGAAAAUAAACCCAACCCCAAAUCUCUUUUUGUUAGCUCAGAUGAAAAAGAAAUUUUUACCCCCGACAAGGAGAAUUUCACCCCAAAUACUCUUUCGAUGAAAGCCUUGAAAAGAAAGGGCAAGCUGGAAGAGGACAUGAUGAUUGCCUCAGACACAGAAAACCAGACGCCCAAACUUAUAAAAGAGCAGAAAUCCACAAGGAAGGCCUCUCGAAAUCAACAAGAUAUAAUGAUAAAGGGAAUAGCAGAAAGGGCGCCAUUCCAAUCUUUGAUGGUGGACUCUGCUGGCAAGUCUACUGCUUCCAAUUCCAAGAAAAUAGAGAAGAGGAUUGCUUGUCCAUCUUUGAACAAAUCUGCUGGAGAGCCAAGGAGGACUUGGUCCCUGAUAGCAGACACCACUUCUUUGCUGGAUAAGGAAUCAAGGAAGACUUUAAAGCUCUUACAAGGUCUCAAAGGGACUCGACUGAUCAUUCCAAGAAUGGUCAUAAGGGAAUUAGAUUAUUUGAAGCGACGUGGUAGUCUAUUCAGAAGAACAACAGAAGCCUCAUCCGUCUUGGAAUGGAUUGAAGAGUGCAUGGUGAAAACGAAAUGGUGGAUCCAUGUCCAAAGCACUAUGGAGGAAGGAGGGCCAAUCGCACCAACACCACCCGCCACUCCCCACUCUCACUUUAGUGAAGGCAGUAUGGGGAAUUCGUUUGGACCAUUUUCAGCUGGGGGAAGUCUGAUGAAAAUUGCUACACCCACAGCCGAAGAUCAUAUCCUUGAUUAUGCCCUACUGUGUAGGAAGAUGAAGAGUGAUGAUGGACAGUUGGUGGUGCUGAGUAAUGAUGUCACUCUAAAGAUCAAGGCCAUGGCAGAGGGUUUGAUGUGUGAGACAGUGCAAGAAUUCCGGGAGAGUGUGGUGAACCCCUUCUCAGAGCGGUUCAUGUGGGCAGACAGCUCUCCUAGAGGACACACCUGGUCAGUGAUGGAUGAUGUAGUUUUGAGGGACAAGUACAACCGUUGUCCCCUAAAGAAGCCAUCCAAGGGAGGAGAUAUCAAGGGUUUGAAACUCAUUCUGCUUCAUAAUUCCCACUAUUCCCACCUCAAUUCAUUCCGCUGAAACAUUUGAGAUAUGUUCCAGCUGUUAUGUUUUGAAAUCUCAAGUAAUUGCUUACAUAUAUUGCAAUAUAGCAUACACCAUUGAUGGGAUCAAUACUGUUUCCUCCAAAGACAAGCUUUGCCAUGAGUGCAAUUCUUUUUCUCAAUCAAGCAUAGUCUUGUAUAAAUUAUUGUUAAACCUUGAAAUAAUUAAUUUUCAUGUAUUCUAAAAUGAAUUUAAAUGA